GAAGGGAGAAACCCUUGAGACUACGCUGGAAUCUACAAGGAGUCCGUCUGCGCUGUCAAGAGGAAUCCACAGCAACUUCCAAGUCAGAAAACCGGUGUUGCAGACAUGGUAGUUCUAAAGCAGUGUUGCUGCGGCUGCUCGCUCAGAGCUGGGGCCAUCAUCAUUGCCAUCUUCUUUGUGGAAAAGGCUGGCAUACUUCUUCCAUGGGUGGUUGUACAAACCCUGCUACUCAUAGCAGUGACUGCAAUGGGCAUUGUCUCAUGUAUUAAAGCUUUUGCGGUUAUCGAAUCAACUAUCGCCGGCAUUAUUACAGUUGUUUGGGUCGUCCUCUACUUUCUGCUCAGCGUGUACUCCCUGGUGGUCGUGUACAGCUACUACCGAGAUCUCCGUGAUAACCCACGUCCUGUCAGGCUGAUUGAGGAGAUCGAGGAUGCAGAAAUGUGAAGGAAGGUCAAUGCAGUUGAGUGUUUGCGUCACCAUUACCUGCAGAUUCAGAUUUCUUCUAGCGCAUAUAGCUAUGAAUGUCGAAGGAAUCAAAGUAAUCAGCUGUCACUUUUGGUUUGGCAGUGCAUAUACAAACCAUGUACAACAUCUAUCAGGAACAGUGUCUACAUUUUAGGAGCGAUAUACUAAUGAUUCCACUUGCUGUUUCACUUUUCACAAACAGAGAAUGUCAUAAAUAAUUUCAGAGACCAUUUAUGUGUACAAGAAUUCGUUUCACACUAUUCUCAAGAGAAUUUUGUAUAUGUCACCCUCAAUUGCUACAUCUAACAAAGCACAGUAUCUGCUACACAAUU